GUUGUGCAACAGAAACGGUCAACGGUUUCCGUUACAAGAUGUAAUGAAUACACCCCCUGUCAUUCCAUGAGCUGGGGGAGAUCCAUGCGACUCCUCACUAUUUCGUAAAUUCGGAAUCUAAUCUGGACAGCGUUGAGGAUAGACUACUCUUCUCACGCUAAGUACCCGUGACACAUUUUGACUUCAGAGCUGGUUCCUGCAGUACUUCAGGACAAUGACGGCCAUCAAUGCUCCACAGGACAAGUAUAAUGCGGUGUGGAUAAUUUUCUUCAUCCUUGGCUUGGGAACCCUCCUGCCAUGGAACUUCUUCAUGACUGCAACCAUGUACUUCACCAGCCGACUGAAGGACCCGGCCAUCGAAGGCUCAGUGAAUCUGACGGUAGUGGAGGCAGACACGAGGAAUGUCCUGGAGUCCAAGUUCAACAAUGUGAUGACCCUGUGUGCCAUGGUGCCCCUGCUCAUCUUCACCUGCCUUAACUCCUUCAUCCACCAGAGGAUCCCUCAGAAUUGGCGUAUCGCCGGCUCCCUGUCUGUGAUCCUGUUGGUGUUCCUGUUGACGGCGGUGCUGGUCAAAGUGGACAUGAGCCCUCUCCCCUUCUUCUGUCUCACCAUGAUCAAAAUUAUCUGCAUCAAUUCGUUUGGGGCAGUGCUGCAGGGCAGUUUGUUUGGUCUGGCUGGGAUGCUGCCGGCCUCCUACACUGCACCUAUCAUGAGUGGACAGGGCCUCGCCGGGACCUUCGCUGCCUUCUCUAUGAUCUGUGCCCUGGCCAGUGGCUCGGCCCUACAGGACAGUGCCUUUGGCUACUUCAUCACAGCGUGCGUGGUCGUCUUCCUGGCCAUCUUGUCCUACUUCGCUCUGCCCAGAAUGGACUUUUUCCAGUACUACCUGGAAAGUAAUGGAUCCAGGCCAGCCGGCAGAGAUGAAGAGAACAAGAUGGACCUUUUGGAAAAAGCUAACAGCAAAAGGGGAUGUUGUGUGACAGACAGCCCAGCACAGAAGAGGCCGGUGGUCAGUCUGACAGAGGAGGAAACCAGGUCCAACAUAUCUGUGUUUGCCAUCUUUAAACGGAUCUGGGUAAUGGCCCUUUCUGUGUGCUUCGUGUUCACCAUCACCAUCGGAACAUUCCCUGCAGUCACAGUUGACGUCAGGUCCACCGUGGCCGAUGGGGGAGCCUGGGAUAAAUACUUCAUCCCUGUGUCGUGUUUCCUGCUCUUCAAUGUGAUGGACUGGGCAGGCAGAAGUCUGACGGCCGUGUGUAUGUGGCCCGGUAAGGACAGCAUCAUCCUGCCAGUCAUGGUGGGUCUCCGUGUGGUCUUCGUGCCUCUCUUCAUGCUGUGUAACGUCCAGCCCAGGAACUACCUGCCCGUGCCGUUCGCCCACGACGCCUGGUACAUCCUCUUCAUGAUCUUCUUCUCCUUCAGCAACGGAUACCUGGCCAGCCUCUGCAUGUGCUUCGGACCAAAGAAAGUGGCACAACAUGAAGCGGAGACAGCCGGCGCCAUCAUGGCGUUCUUCCUGUCUCUGGGUUUGGCUCUGGGUGCAGCCCUGUCCUUCGUCUUCAGAAUCAUUAUCUAGACCCAAAACACCCCUGAACACUUUCUUCUAACCAACCUGCCGUGGAGGAAGUGAUGGGGGUUGGAGGAGGUGGUGAACUUUUCUGUUAAUUGAUUUGUUCUUCUCACACGGGAGCAACGCUAGUACACUCAAAGCAGCCAGCCUCUGAGAGUCCCCUCCUGCCACUGACUGAUGAUACUCUUUCAUUAUGAAAGAAUGCAAAGUUCAUCUAGUUAAGCUGCCUAUGUUACUGCUCUCAUAUCUUGUUCUAGUUGCCAACAUCUAUAAUGUCUCUCUCAUCCUCCAAGGACCAUGGUGGAAGACAGGAGUUCUCUCCACUCAAGGGAUUAUUUCAGUUUAUUGAUCAAAAUGCCGCUAUGAGCCGUGUAUAUUUAUAUGGAUUGUGAAACUACCUGGAUUCUUAUGUCUUGGUGUGUUAUCAUUGAAUUGUAUAGGCAUUCUAAAUCUCAAUGGAGUUUUACCAGCCUACGUCAGUGUGUAAAUGCUCAUUGUGGUAUAGCCUUGCCAUGUAAAAGUAUUUUAUAGUAUUUGAAUAUCUUUACCACAGUGACAUAUGUAGCUAUUAAUUACAUGUUGUGCUAGUGAACGGCGAGGGUAGGAGAGUUUGUAAAACUCACCUCAUUUGUUCUGCCAGUUUGCCAUUUUGUUUUUUUAUUAUCAAAACAUUUUGUAUCAGAUCUAGUUCUGAGUGCUCUAUUUUAAAACCGGAUUGGCACAAGUUAAAUUUGCCUGGUUCGUCUCAAUCAGGUUGUUUUUAUGAAUAAAAAAAAAAAAUGCACGUGCCGAGGGCUUUACAGUAUGACAAAAUAUUUUGCUGUGCAACCUUUUUAAUUUCGGCGCACCAGUGCAACAAACGUGUGUGUGUGUUCAUAAAAUGAAUAAGGCUUUGCUCUACUGUUGUUUCCCAAGCGCAUAAUCGUUAGCGUCAUGCUUGCACCAUUACUACAGCGAAAACGCCUUGUUUCUAGCCCGAACAGUUCGAAAUAUCUUUGGCCCAUAUUACUGGUGGAACGUUUUUUAAAUCUUCCUGUAAAGGACUGGGGGGCCGCAUUUUAUUCAUAAACUGUUCUAAAACUCUUUGUGGGCCGUGUACCAUUUGUUUUACACCUUGUUCAGUCAUGGUUGUUACCUCAUUAGCUAGCUAGCCAACAACCUGGUAACUUUACCGGUAUAGCCAAACAUUUGGGGGCACCGAAAGAAAAGGAUAGCUUUUUCAGGAGUUCAAUGAUCAUAGCAAAGAAUAAAUGGCCGAUUUCUUACCUCAUCACAAACUUGACAUUUCUAAAGAGACCUUGAAAAAUGUAAUGUAAUUCAUCUCAAUAGGAAAAUGGUGCUUUUACAUAAUGUAGAAGCCUCUUUCCACAAUUGACUUUAACAUUUCAAUGAACAGAUGUAUUUAUAGGGUUACAUACUGGGCACUAGGUAUCCUAGCUGUUUAGAUCAUUCGGCCGUAACCAAGAUUGCAAGUUCGAGUCCCUGAGACUAAGUGAAAUCUGUCUGUGCCCUUAAGGCACUUUUGCUCAUUUAAGUCACUCUGGAUAAGAGCUUUGCUAAAUUAGAGGUCAAUGUGCUUCAGACUUAGCAAGAAUUCAUAUUGGAUAGAUCUCAAAUUAUAUAUAAAAAUGUUCUGGUGCUCCAGUGGUACUGAAUGUUAUUUUAGAGCCCUGAAUGUGCCUGUUGCAAUUGACUUAUUUUUAUAACCCAUUCUCCAAUAUGCAUCCUAUUAACAGCAAUUUGCAUCCCAACAGCACAAUGUCUUCUCAUCCUGAUUGGAAUGAAAGUCUGAUCCAGAAAGUUACACUACAAAAUGAAGCAGUCCUGUAAAAACAUUUGGUAUUUAAGACACUCUACCUGCACUGAAAUGUAAAAUGAUUGAAGUUUCAAAAACAGAUCUAACCACAUGUGUAGCAUUUGUGAACAUGAAAAUAUUGCAUUGCAACAAGUGUUUGACUUCUUUAAAGCUUUUAUAUAAAAUUGUC